AGGACUAUUCAUGCACUGAGAGCCACGUCUACUGCCCCUGCCUUUUGUCUUCCACUACGGCCAAACUGUCCCACAUCGGGUCCAAGCUUCUAACUCCAACAAAACACACCUCCAACACAGGCCACCAUGUCCUUCAAUGGGUCACUGCAUCACAAUAAUCAUACACAUAUGGAUAUCCAGCCAGGCCUUAGAAACAGGACGACUAACAGUUCUCACCUACAGAUUGGUGGUCACAGAAGAGAUAACGGAGUGAAAGCUGAGGCCUCUUCAGGUCUAUCAAACCCUGUCAGAACCUCCAGGACUCACAACGAGCUCCACAAAGAACUGCUGCUGGCCCACAAGAAGGGUCUGGCGCUGAGCAGCAGGUCAGAGCUGCAGCAGGCGUUGGAGAAGAGGAAGAGGGUGCAGAGCGAUCGUGAAGACGAGGGACAGAGCAAGAGUCCUCUGGAGGAUGUGCUGCUCCAACGGCAGCAGAGACAACUGGAGAAGGAGAAGGAGCAGGAGGGAAAAGGUCAAGAGGAAGCACAGUUGAUGGAGUUUGUCAGAGUCCGACAGAACCUCCGAAAGAUCCACUCGGCGAUGCAGAACAAGGCUGCAAACUCUUAAGAUGCUGCAGAGACUUUUAAAGACUUCCUGCCCUGAUCAAAUGACGAGGUGCACGGAAGAUAAAUGGUCUAAUGUGAAGGCUGACCUGGUCUGUUUUUAAACGGAAACACUGCUUGCUUUAUAGCUAUGUAACAAAAAUAUCAUCUGUUACUUAAAAUCAAAUAUUUGUAUGAACUAAUGAUUCAUAUA